AUGACAAGGAAACCGUCAAGGAAGGACAAGCAGGAUGAAGAAGACAAGGUAGAAGAAGGAGAGCUUCCAUCAACAAAAGAAAGUACCAAGUUCAAUGGGAAGGUUCUAACCUACGCCAAGUACCUGAAAGACAUCCUCAACAACAAGAAGCCGUUGCCUAAAACUAAGGUAAUUAAACUAACUGAAGAAUGCAGCGAAGUCAUCUUGAAUAAAUUCCUAGAGAAGAAGAAGGACCCCGGAUGCCCCACCAUUGAUUGCUCCAUCAGGACACAACAUUUUGAGCAUGCACUGUACGACUUGGGAGCAAGCGUCAGUGUUAUGCCAAAGGUAAUUUUUGACAAGUUAAAUCAUACUACCUUGUCCCCUACAUCAAUAUAUUUGCAACUAGCGGAUCAGUCGAUUCGCCAUCCAGCGGGAGUAGCUGAGAACAUCCCUAUCAAGAUACACAAUUUCCUCGUUCCUAUGGAUUUUGUAGUUCUUGACAUGGAGGUUGACAAGAAGGUCCCCCUCAUCCUUUGGAGACCAUUCCUCAGCACUGCCAAGGCACAUAUUGAUGUUGGAGCCGGAGAAAUUCAAUUCACCAUCAAUGGGGCCCAGGAGAAAUUCAACUUCAAGCCAAAAGUUGAGCAGUGCUCAAUGAUCUUGGCUACAGAGCUGGCUACAGUUAUUGCCCUAACGCACACCAAAAAGAAGGCUAAAUCAAAACCAUGGGAAAAAGCCAAGCAAAUAUGA